AUCGUUGCCCAUGGAAACCUUCAGGUUGUUAUGUCAAUAAAGACAGUCAAAAUACAGAGCUGGACACGAAAGAAGGAGCUGCUAAGUUUAUUAAACCUUAUAAUGCCACUGCUGGAGGCGCCUGCCGAGUAUCUGGAGUCCUCUCCGGAUCACUCCCUUCAGGCGGAGCUGCCCAUCCUAUUGGCCCCACCAGGUCCGGCGGCCUUGGCACAGGUGCGGAUGCCUCCGCCUGAGGUGCGUCUCAACCAGCAGAAUCCCGCCCAGCAGCAGCAGCGGGCGCAGCUCAACCGUCGGCAAUUGACCCGCCGGAACUCCUUCGACCGGGAUGUGCCCAUCACCGAGGAGACCCAACACCUUCCGGCCUUCGUGCAUCUGCCGCCCGUGGUUUUGCCCCAACAGGCCCCGGAACCGACCUUGGACGAGUUACUGCGGCGGGUCACGCAACGCACGGAUCUGGAGGCGGUGGAGUCGGUGCGCCUGCGCGUGAUAUCCUACACAAUCAGCCUGUCUCGGCUGUCCCUCUUCCUGCCGCGCCUCCAAAGCCUCGACCUGAGUGGCAGUGUGCUGAGUUCGCUUAGGGACCUGGGCUACGGACUCCUCCAGCUGACCCGGCUGGACAUCAGCAACUGCGGGCUGAACAGCUUCGACGGCACCAGCGGAUUGCCGGCCAUCCGGGUGCUCAUCGCCGAUGGAAACAUGAUCCAACGGGUUGAUCCUCUGGCCGAACUGGUCCACCUCCGCGUUCUAAAGGCAAGGAACAACCGGAUCAGCGAACUGGGUCUGCUCUCCUUCCUGGGAAUGUGCCCGCAGCUGCAGGAGGUGGAGUUGCAGGGGAAUCCCGUCUGCCGGCUGCCUCUUUACCGCUCGCUCCUGGCGCGCAGUGUGCCCACGCUGCAACUACUGGAUGGACGGGUGUUGAAUGCUCCGGCUGCACCGGUGGAGAUCGAGGAAGCUGCGUCCCCGACCUCCAGCGAUCUGGAGUCUGGCUCGGAGGCGACUGCCCAACGUCCGGCCACCGCACCUGCUCCGGAGCCCAUUCACAUCUCAAUGAGCAUCCGGAGGCAAAUGUCAGCCAGUUCCGGCUCCACUCCGGUGGCCGGAUCGGUCUUGGGUCUGGUUCGACAGCGGCGGAGGCGCAGCGGCCACGCCUGGGUCAGUUCCUCCUCCUCCAGCGGAUCAUCCUCCGCCUCAUCGGCAAGGUCCACCAGGGCACCCUCGAUGAGCUCCUGCUCCUCCAACAGCAGCCUCGACGUUCAGUCAUCUACUUAUGCCUUUAGUCCGCAGUCAACGCUGGACUAGAACGUUAUGUUUUUUAAAUAUUUAAUGAUUAUUUAUCAUAUUUAUAGCAUGGACAUAUUAUUUUUAGUAUAUUUACAUAGUACAUAGUAUUUAAGUAUUGAAUGUUGGGAUUCGGAAUCCUUACUGCUGAUGCUGGUGAAUAAAUAAUUGAAUAAAAGUUAUACUCUUGUCUUUAUUUAUCUAAGUUUUAAGUCCGUUAUGCGAGUGAUGUGGUAACACUAAAAAUGCGGUAUUUCCUAAAAUUGUUGGUAUAUUAUCAACCAUGGAAUAAAUUAGGAACUUUUAUUUGAGAAUAUUCAGGCACUAGAUCGGUUUGUGCAGGCGUGCGAAUUUGCAAAUUGUGUUUUUGAAUGUGAAUGUUUAUCAGUUCAGUUCCAGUUUUUUUCUUUAAACAAUUAAGUACAUAAAGUGCCUUUACACCAUUAAAGUACUGUAAAAUAUUGGCAAAAAACUUAAAAUGAAAAUAGAAAUGUCAACCGAUGGAUCGAAACAACAAAAGGAAACUAUGGAGGAUGCAGCAUCUGAUAGCUUUUCGCUUGUUAGUGACUCAGAACACAAAGAAUUAAACGAAACUGCCGACUAUGAAAUGGUAAUUCAAGAACUUAAAAAGGAAAUAUUCAGCAAAGAUAUAAAAAUCAGCAGUUUGGAAGUACAGUUGGCUGAUGCUGAAAAAAGUUUAAAACAAAAAGAAACUAUCAUAAAUGAGAAGGACGAUUUGAUAAAGUCGUUUAAAAUGUCGAUUGAAUUAAUAAGCCAAAACAAAUACUUGCAGCUUGAAAAUACCCGUUUGAAGAAUACUCUUGACUUAACAAAAAAUCUAAAUAUUGAUACAGAGAAGGAUACUCAAAAUGUCUUUUCUAAUAACCAACUUCAGGACUUGCCAGAAUUUAAUGAACUGAAGAAUAAAAUGGUUGAUUUGGAGUCAACAAUUCAAGAGAUGAAUAAUAAGAUUGUAGAGUUGAUUGAUGAUAAGUUGGUUAAUUUAGAAGAUGAAACAAAAACAACAAUGCAAGAGAUGGAUAAUAAGAUCUUACAAUUAGAAGAUAAAUCAAAAACAAACGACGAGAUGACAAAUACACGAAAUAAUAACGUAACCAUAUUACUAAACCAUUCAAAGAAUCCUCAUAUUAAAUUCAUAAAAGGUGAUGGGAUUUCUCCGUUUACGGCCGUAUUUGAAGACAUUCCUUUUGCGGGUUCCGGUUGGAUGGUUAUUCAACGUCGGUUCGAUGGUAAUAUAAAUUUCAUCGUAAAAAAUGAAAACAGUUAUGAAGAUGGAUUUGGGGAUUUAAAUGAAGAUUUUUGGAUUGGUAUCCAGGCAAUUCAUCAGUUAACCACGAGCCACAGGCAUGAGUUAUAUGUUGAACUUGUUGACUUUGAUGACGUAACAGCAUACGCCAGAUAUGAUAACUUUUGUGUUGGAAACAAAGAAUCCGAAUAUGAAUUAAAGUCGUUAGGUAAUUAUUCGGGAAACGCUGGCGAUGCUUUGCGUGCUCAUAAGAAAAAUAAAUUUUCAAAAUGGAGGUAUUCUGACCGUUCAUAUUUUUGUUGGUGGAAUGCCGUUAAAGCUCAGUGUAUCCUAAAUGGUCCCUUCAGUACAACUAAAAAAGUUUUGGACGACGGCGCAUUAAAUGGAAUUUGGUGGGGUAACUGGUAUCUGGGAAAUAAACGAUUUACUCUUAAAUCCUGUAAGAUGUUAAUAAGGCCCAAAUUAUAAAAUGAAUAAGUUACGAAAUAACUAAACUAUUAACAUUCAGUUUUUAUGCUCUUGAAAAAAAGCGGAAAAACACGAAGAACUGCUAUCUUCUUCGAUUCCAUUAAUAUACAACUAUACCCCGUAAAACUAAGGUGCAAGGUGUUGCACAUUAAAAUUUCGACAUCGGUACAUAGAAUCCCAGACAUGUCUUCAUAAAAUUUUGUACUUUAUAGAAGCGUACCUUUAAAAUGUACCAUUGUUUUGAAAACUUUGAACAUUUUUUGUUCUUGCUACUCUGUGAGUUUGAUUUAUGUCUAUUCAACAUUAAAAUUUGUAUUUCUUUUUAUAUAAGUAUAUGUUAUUAUCAUUAAAAUGGUUCUUAAACGAUCCAAAUUGAAAGUAAUAAGAAA